AUGGCGACGGAAAAAGCGAAACAUGAAGGAAGAGUUAAAAUCGGACAUUACAUUCUCGGUGACACACUCGGAGUGGGAACCUUUGGGAAGGUUAAAGUGGGCCAACAUGAGCUGACCAAGCACCAAGUGGCGGUGAAGAUCUUGAACAGGCAGAAGAUCCGCAGUUUGGACGUGGUGGGAAAGAUCCGCAGGGAGAUCCAAAACCUCAAGCUUUUCAGGCACCCUCACAUAAUUAAACUGUACCAGGUUAUUAGCACCCCCACAGAUAUCUUCAUGGUGAUGGAGUAUGUGUCUGGAGGAGAGCUCUUUGACUACAUCUGUAAAAAUGGGAAGUUGGAUGAGAAGGAGAGUCGUCGGCUGUUCCAGCAGAUUAUUUCAGCGGUAGACUACUGCCACAGACACAUGGUGGUACACCGAGACCUCAAGCCAGAAAACGUACUGCUUGAUGCACAUAUGAAUGCCAAGAUCGCAGACUUUGGUUUGUCAAACAUGAUGUCAGAUGGAGAGUUCCUGCGAACAAGUUGUGGUUCUCCAAACUACGCUGCUCCUGAGGUCAUCUCAGGAAGGUUAUAUGCUGGUCCAGAGGUUGAUAUCUGGAGCAGUGGGGUCAUUCUCUAUGCCUUGCUGUGUGGGACGCUUCCCUUUGAUGACGACCAUGUGCCAACACUCUUUAAGAAGAUCUGUGAUGGGAUCUUUUUCACACCACAGUACCUGAACCCAUCAGUAAUAAGCCUCCUUAAACACAUGCUGCAGGUGGACCCCAUGAAAAGAGCCACCAUCAAAGAGAUCCGAGAGGAUGAGUGGUUUAAACAGGACCUACCCAAGUAUUUGUUCCCAGAGGACCCCUCCUACAGCAACAACAUGAUUGACGACGAAGCUCUGAAGGAGGUUUGUGAGAAGUUCGAGUGCACAGAGGAGGAGGUCCUGGCCUGCCUAUACAGUCGCAACCACCAGGACCCGUUGGCCGUCGCCUACCACCUCAUCAUUGACAAUCGUCGCAUCAUGAGCGAAGCCAAGGAUUUCUACCUGGCGUCCAGUCCCCCCGACUCUUUUCUAGACGACCAGCACCUGACCUCGUCCGGUGCGGUCAUCAAGCCCCAUCCUGAGCGCGUGCCCUUUCUUGUGGCAGAGACUCCUCCCAGGCCUCGGCACACACUGGAUGAACUGAACCCCCAGAAGUCCAAACACCAGGGCGUCAGAAGGGCCAAGUGGCACCUGGGUAUCCGCAGUCAAAGCAGACCAAAUGAUAUCAUGUCCGAAGUGUGCCGUGCCAUGAAACAGCUGGAUUACGAGUGGAAGGUGGUGAAUCCGUAUUAUUUACGCGUGAGAAGGAAGAACCCGAUUACUGGGAUGCAAACCAAAAUGAGUCUUCAGCUCUACCAGGUGGACAGCAGAACCUACCUCCUCGACUUCCGUAGCAUAGACGAUGAUAUGAUGGAGACAAAAUCCGGAACCGCUACCCCUCUUCGAUCUGGGUCCGUAGGCAACUACCGCACCACUAUUAAGAACGAUGUAGACGGGGCGGACGCUCCGGCUGCGUCUAGCACUGUGCACCCCACCAAGGCGGCCGAGGGCUCCUUAGCUUCAUCACUGACCUCAUCCAUCGACUCGACAGGAGGGGACAACACAUCUAUUCCCCGACCGGGAAGCCACACCAUCGAGUUCUUCGAGAUGUGCGCAAAUCUUAUUAAACUACUUGCACGAUAGCUUGCAACAACAAUCGCUAGCCUUUCUUCCUAUCCGAGUGUCUUUAUAGCAAUAAGCAUGCAACCGAUUCAUGGCUCAAUUCAUCCCGGCGGAGGAUGAAAUGAUUGUUCCAUGGCACUGAUGCAGGUUGGUGUUCCCUAAGCUGACGGGAUGUAUACUGAGCUGAACGGGGGAUGUAAAGGGGGUUAUUUGGAAAGAUGAAUGUCUGAGCUACCAAACAGCUGGGACGGAACAACAUUAAAGAGAUGGUGUUACAGUUUCUUGGUCAAUUUAAUAGCAAAUGUCCACAACCUACUUAUACACACACACACGCACGCAAGUGAUUACACUGAAUUUUCUGUACUGUAGCCAGUGAGCACUGCUUUCCAGUACAAAGAACAAGAUCGAGUUUUGCCUGCAGAGAAAAAGGGGCCACGAGGUAAAGGUUGGGGUCGGGUGGGUGGCAGUCGAAUAGGAUACAGGAAGCACUUUUGCACAAGUUUCUUUUAUUUCCUGCUGCUCUUGUUUUGUCUCUCAGUGGGGAUCAGAGAAGAGGCGCAGAUCUGUCGGGGCGCUGCACUGGUUAUAUCUAGGGUUGUCGUACCCGUCACGCUCAUCGGACCCUGAGGAAGUGCAAUGACCCCUGUAUUUCUGUCUUGUCAGGGACAAAAGAAUGCUUCGUCACAUUUGUGUUUGGUUCUUUUUUUCUUUUUUUUUUUCUUUUUUUUUUUUGUGAAUCUGAUUGAGCUGUCAGAGACUAGAUUUUCAUGGUUUUGUCCUCGUUGUAAAAAAAUGUUGGAAUUUGUCUGUCCCCCCACAUUUUUAUAUAUAAAGACGUGAAUAUAUUUAUCAUUGCGUUAAGUGGGCAGAGUGUUGGUUCUAUUGAAAAUUGAUUUUUUUUUUUUUUUUCUUUUCUUGCAUUAAGAUCUAUUGCUGGAUGAUAUAUGAUAUUCCUUUUUUACUGUCUGGUUUUUAAAAUCAAUAUCAGUUUUAUUUUCUUCAAUCACCUUUUUUUUUCUGAUACUUCAGUGUCUUUCCAGAUAAAUAUAGCCUGCUUUUACCAUUUGCCAUGACAGUCAAAAUCUAGAGAUAUAUCAUUUUCAGUGUCACAUUAAAAUUACGAGUUGAUUUUGACUUUUUUUUUGUUGUAUUUUCUCUGUUUCUAGUGUUUUUAGAUUACUGAUUUAUCAAUAGGAUUUUAACAUAAUUACUGAGUGACAUGCCUUUUGCCUACAUUCGAAUUCUGAAUGCCAACUGAUCUAAAAGGAGUAGCAAUUACUGGCCGAGCACGGACAUUUUCUUUUCAGCAGUUGAAGACAUUCUCAAUAUUUUUUGUUUUUGGCUAUGUUUAUUUCUUUUUUGAAUGCCCAUACAUUCCCUUUAAGGUUGACUUUGAAGAAAAGUAGACAUAUUGUCUAAAACUGAAAGAGACUUGUGAGGUUGGAAUUUUAAAGUCCUGCUGAGAAGAAAAGAUGUGUGAAUGGCUUUAUAGAAAAAAUGAGACAGAACUUUAUUCUUUUAAGCUCACAAAAUAUGUUCAUUGUAUGACAUGUUUCCCUGAAUUCAAUUUCCUGUUCAGAGUCUUAAAGUUUUAAAUGGUGUCUGUUUGGCUGCCUUAUCAUUCUCAACUGUUGAGUACUGUUCAUUGUUAGUAAGCGUGGAAUUGGUCAGAAUUAUUUACACUUUUCUGGAGUUUUAAGACAACAAACCUACAUAUAAUUUAAAGUUUUGUUGAUUUAUAUUUAGGUAGAAAAACUAGAACCUCCUAUUUUAAGUCAGAGCAUUACAAAAAACACAUCUUAGCUGAAAAACAGUUAAAUAUGUGACAGUGCUAUUUGCCAAACUCUUAUAGACUUCAGUAACUGCUGCCACUUUAUAAUUGGACAAAUACAAUUGUUUCUUGUUUUCGUUUUACCUUUUGAUUGAACACUUCACUUAAUGUUACAAAUGUUUAACAAGUGUCAGCAGUCACUGAAGGUCUUGAUUUCCAGUGUUUAGGUCUCUAUAACUUCAAAUUUUUUACUAUUGUGUUUGUAUCAGCAACUUUCCAUUUCAGAUAAAUACAACAGCGAUUGCUAAGCAUGACAAUAAUUAUUCAUUUGCUGUCCUAUGGGGCAAGUUUGGACUGAAAUAAAAAAAAAAAAAAAUGACACUUGACUCUUUCUGUCUUGGUUUUAACUAGAGUUUAUUAUAUCACAGUUUACAACAUACUGUGAGCUUGGUAAGAUACAAAACUUUCCAGAAGUGAGGGGCAGUUGCAAACUAUGACUGCGAAACCUGUCAUGGUUACGUGAUGGGUUUUGUGGAUAAGAUGAAUGUGUGAUUUUGACAGGUAAUGGAGUAGCAUCGUAGUGGAAUGGUGAAAUCUGUCAAUUGUAUCUAUUUGAACUGCUUCAAAUAAAUAUUGUUCUAUUUUUGUUUGGUGUGUAAAGGGACCCUACCAGAUUGACCAGUGUACAUUUUAAUUGACAGUGUUGAAAUCAUUUGUAUACACAACUGCCUAAUAAACAGCUGAACUGUA